AUGUUGGCAGACUUGAAAAUUUUGGAUGGAGAUGAGGUAGAAGAACAAGGUCAAGAGUUAGUGGCUGAUUCACUUGGUUACAAGGGUUACAGAGUACAUAAGCUGUCACCAUGGGUGAGCUCUCUUUCUAUGGGGAUAGUCUUCUUCUGUUCUCCAAUAGUCAGCAUAUUCACAGACCUGUUUGGUUGUCAAAAAGUAGCUGUUAUUGGAGCUGCAGUAGGCUUUGCUGGACUCCUUUCAAGUUCUUUUGUAAGCACCAUUGAACCUCUAUAUUUCACCUAUGGAGUCUUAUUUGCCUGUGGCUGCUCAUUUGCGUACCAGCCAUCCUUGGUCAUUCUCGGGCACUAUUUCAAGAAACGCCUUGGACUAGUGAAUGGCAUUGUCACUGCAGGCAGCAGCUUGUUCACCGUGUCACUGCCCUUCCUCUUGAGAGUUUUGAUCGAUUCUGUUGGCCUAUACAACACCUUGCGGGUCCUGUGCAUCCUUAUCUUUAUUCUGUUCCUGGCUGGCUUUACGUACAAGCCCCUUGUUUCCAAUGCCAAAGACAAGGAGGGAGGAAAGAAGGGAAAGUUCAGAUUUCGUCCUGAAAAAAAGAUUUGCAAUUUCUCCGUUUUCAAAGUUCUCAGUUACAGAAUCUGGGCUUUGGGGAUCCCAGCUGCACUUUUUGGAUACUUUGUGCCUUAUGUUCACUUGAUGAAGCACGUAAGAGACAGAUUUGGUGACAGUGUGCCAGAAGAAGUGCUUCUGCUGUGUCUGGGCAUUACUUCAGGAGUUGGCAGAUUGAUCUUUGGCAGAGUUGCAGAUUAUAUUCCUGGUGCAAAAAAAGUUUAUUUACAGGUGGCCUCAUUCUUCUUUAUUGGCCUGAUGUCUAUGAUGAUUCCACUCUGCCACGUCUUCGGAGGUCUCAUUGCUGUCUGUCUCUUCAUGGGCCUGUUUGAUGGGUGCUUCAUUUGCAUUAUGGCUCCUAUUGCCUUUGAGCUUGUUGGGGCUCAGGAUGUCUCCCAGGCCAUAGGAUUUCUACUAGGAUUCAUGUCAAUACCUAUGACAUUUGGUCCACCCAUUGCAGGUUGGCUGCGUGAUCACCUCGGCACCUACGAUGUAGCAUUCUACCUGGCUGGAGUCCCUCCCCUUAUUGGUGGAGCUAUACUAUGUUUCAUCCCCUGGGUCCAUGAACGGCAGAAGUUAAAAGAAAGAGCAAAACCUAUUGAUGGAGAAACUACUGAGAAAAUGCUGGAAAACGAAAGCACUAUGGCGUCGGACACUACAGAAAAGCCAGUCAAAGAAAUGGAAUCUGGUUUUUGAUGCUUUGUCUUCCUGUACCAGCCUGACCUUCUUCUACUGAAGCUAGACUGGUACUCUUUGGCUGAAGGAUACUACAUGAUACUGAAGAAGUUUUGAACUAUUGCUCAAAUAGCAAAACUGCUAUAAGAAUCUUUUAUACCAUUGAACUUUUUGAGUUGAGUUUGAUUUCAAGCCACAUUUUCAAGGUAUUUGAAGUUUUCUAGCAUUAGUGUGUACAUGCAUAGUGAUCCUGUGUGUGAAGAGAAUAUUUUUCUAAUGCAUCAGAACGUAUUCCUGGAAGUGUGAAAGCUGUUUUUGGUUCACUGACCCAGGAUUCUUCAAAGACUUUUAUGGUCCAUCCAAUGCAGGCACACCCAUGGGUGUUUAUACUGGAAAAUGUAGUAGCUCUUAUGACUGAUUUGUUUUUUGAAGUUUCUCAUGCUGUUUUACAGUCUCUUAUAAUUCUGUAUCAUGAACAUGAAUAUGCGUCUUUUUGAUUACCUUAACUCUUGCUGAAAUCAUUUUGCAUUAGAAAGCUAAAUUAUUAAACAUCUGUUUUACUUUCUCUAAAUACCCUAGCCUGCUCAGGUUGCUUAAACACUCACCUGUUUUUGCAUUCACCUUUUCACAGUAGCCCAAACAAAGAACAUUAAGGAUGAAAUUUGAUGGGCACAUGUUUUGAAUAUGCGCAAACUAAGCUCUGAGUGCAAACACAUUCAGAGAAGUAAAGCUGCUUUUUAAUUUUUUUAAAUUUUUUUGAUUUUUUUAAUUUGGUGAAGGCAAUACUAUUAAUGUAUAUGUGUAUAUUUUUUUAGCUAAACCUCAGAAUAGCUGAUAGUUUUGAAAUUGUACUGACAGUAAUACUUUGGAGCAGUAUUGUGAAUUAGACUAAAUUUCAAAUUAUUCUGUUGUAUUUGUUAGGUUGGUUUUUUUUAUUCUUAAAACCAAGACAGCUUUAAAGGAUACAUUUUAAGUGCAAUAAUAAGUUGUUUUUAACGUGGAAAUAUACAUGAGCUGUUAAAAUGACAUUCAGCAAUUCAAGAUUUUUGCACUAAGUGAACAUGCAGGUUUAUUAUAGGUCUUUAUAGCUGUGUUCAAUUGCGUGUAGGGUAUAGCUCCAUAUUUUAUUCAAAUAUAAAGAAAUGUUUUUGCAUGUCCUACUUCUUGCUUAACAUACUAAACAUAUGGCCCUAUUACUUAUGUAUUCUUAAGUAUUAUGCACUGUUUGUCAAGCAGGUAUUUCUGAAAACCUCUUUCUCUGAAAAAUAUUUGAAAGCAUAAUACUUUGAGAUGAAAACACUGCUUUCCAGUUUAUCAUAAAACGCUUCCAAGUACAUUGUUUAUGUGUGGAUAUGGAUGAGCAAUGCAGUAGAAUACUUAAUCAUUCUUUAUUUCAGGUCCAUUCAAUACCAAUAACUUUUGUUUUCUUGAUUAGAAGUGUCAUAGCAAAGAGUAAACUAAAUGUGAUCUGAAGACAAAGUGCACAUUUAAGUGCAUUUUCUUAAUUAGUAACAAUACCUGUUCUUUACAUAAACCACGGAGGCAUACUGCUUUAAAAUUAUAACCCUUAUUGUCUCUUCUAUUUUCAUUUUUUUCUCCAGAGUUCUAGUGAAUUGCUCAGAAAGCCCGUGUACAUUGUGAUAUAAAACAUUAUAUUAGCAAUACUAUUGCAUAGAAUGUUUACAUCUAUCAACUUACAAAAGUCCUUUAAAUAUAAUCAUGCAAAGCAUCCUAAUUAUUGGAGACCAAAGCUCAUACCUUUUUUUAUACUGCAGAAUUUCAAUCCCUGCUUUACAUGGGUGAACUUUAAAAGAAUUGAAUCUUAAAAUGUUAGAGAUGUAUGGGAGGGACUUCGAGGUGGGGGAAAAAAAACCCAAACCAAUCUGUAAAACAGAGGUCCCUUUAGGUUCACUGGGACUUGUGCUUCUGCACAAGUACUCAUAAGUACUUCUAAAAAUUUCAUUAAAAUAUUCAUAGUAUUGUUAAUUAAAAUGACUACAAAAUGCUGCCUUCAUUACAAAAAUGCUAUUAACAGCCUACGCUGUUCUUGUCUGGAGUGUUUCUGUAGAACAUGUUACUCAGUAUUAUCUUCUAUUUGGGCAAUGCAAAAGGUGUUGAGUAAGUGUGGUAAGAGCCUCUUGUUUCCUCUUGCUUUGUGAUGAAAAAUUACUAUUCAUCACAGGUCUUACAUUUCAUGUGUUUUAGCUUUGAGUUUUUAACCAAAAACAAGGCUGCUUUUUAGCACUGAUGCAAUUUGAAAUCAUUGUGACCAGACGUCUUGAUGUAAUUGUGGCAUCUUCCUGACUGGCUGCUCUGUAUCUAUAUGAAUUAUCUGGGAGAGAAUAUAAAAUAAUUGUUGUUAAGUUUUAGAAAUGAUACAGAAAUAGUAUAACAAUAGUAUGGAUUAAUUAUUGCCAUACCCUUUAAAAAUGUAUCUGUACAUAAAAAUCCAAACUCUCAUAUUUGAGUAACUAAAAAUGUAAAUUAUACUCACAAAUAUGAAGGACAGCAUUUAAAAAACAAAAAAACAAAAAACACCAAAACCAAAAACCAGACUCCAGGAAGAGGGUACAAUGAGUGAAUAAUUGUUUAGGAGUGGUUACUAUAUUAAAAACAGCUAGUGAAUGGGAUUUCAGACAAGAGGGACCCAGAGUUAGGGGUAAGGAAGCUACGCUGGUGUGAUGAUGUUGGAAUAAUGAACCUACUUCUGAUGCCAGUGCUUGUUUUACAACAAUGCUAAAACUGGAAAGGCUUCAGAAAAAAAAGUCUUUUCAGAAAAGGUAAAAAAAAAAAAGUAAAUUAAUGCAUAAGAAUUCUGUUAGCAUCUUUACUGUUAGCUUGUAUCUAUGGGGAAAUGUCCAACAGAAACGCUCUUUAUUGGACAUAAGCGUAAGAACAUUGUGUCCUAAAGCUAGAUAAGAUGCAGUUAAAAUGAAAGUGAAGUUCAGAUUGUUAGCGGUGAGGCUAACUAACCAUUGAGAAACUUAUUUAGGGAGACACUGGAUUCUGUAUGCUUUGAGGUUUUAAAAAUGAGGUUAGCUGUGUCCCUUUAAAGAAACAAAACAAAAACCAACCCACACCAAAACACAAAAACCCCAACACAAAUAGCAACUACUUAGUACAUUUCUGAAAAAAUGAUUGAAUGAUGUAGAAAUGGUUGCUAUUCUGAAAACUAGGAGAGAAAAGCAUGGAAUAGUCAAUUUUAUUUUGACUGAGUAAAUAUAAAUAAACUUUUGUAACAGAAUUUAAUUUUAGGUGUGUGAACCUGUUCGUGGGAAACUUGCUGAACUCAUAUUUUGAUGACCUAAUUCAUGCCAGAUUUAGCCUUGUUGGGGGUAGAUUCUAAAAUUAAAAUACUAGCUUAGGUCAAGAAAACCCUUAAAUCAUUCAGAUGUAUCCCUCUCUUGAGAACAGUUCAUAGAGUACUUUUCAUAGGCAUUGCUCUCCCAUCCUAUAAACAGAGCGUUAUCGUCUUUUUUCCAUUAAAUGUUCUCAGGGUAAGCUUCAGAAGAAAUUGGGUAGAAAGAGGUUCACUUAAAAUGGCAGUGUGACAUUUCCAGUCUUACUUGAUGCUGUUAAUUUAAUACACCAGAUCUUGAAACCAAGACUAAUUUUGAGCAAGGGGUUGGUUUUAGGUAUGGCUGACAUGUCUUUUCAGUAGGUAUGAGAUCCUUGUAAAUCUUCAUAUAUCUGUUCAGCAAAGAGUCUGAAAUAAUGAAAACCCUUCAGGUUCUUGUUCACAUCUAAGCUACGUAAUGAUAUACAAUGUAUAAUUAAUAAAAAAAGUAUUGUUGGAUUUAUUCUGGCUACAUGUUGAAGGACCUGUACAAGUCUCAAACCAAGAUUUCAAAUUAACAUACUCUUAGUUAGAAUUUCUUUCAUCCAGAUCUUUCUGUUCAGCAUUAACACUUAAAAUUCUUUUGUAAGUUUACUUUCAGCGACUGCUUAUGGACAUUCCUAAACUGCUUACUUGAGUCAAAGGUGACAUAGGCAUUCUGUGGCCAUCCUUCAGGGUAUAUUCAGUAUCAGGUGAGGUAGACAGCCGACAUUUUUCUCUCUUUCUGCCUGGGCACGUACGUUCCCCCCCUUCCCUUUGGAGACACUGGAUUGUCAAAGCUGACGCACACCGCACUGGAUAUGGAUAGCCUUCCUUUCUCCAACUUCUUCCCUGCACGUGGACAGUACUGUUCAGCCUCCCUUUCUCAAACUUCCUCCCUACGUUAAACCUUUGAAUAGCCAUAGCCCGAUAGACUAGGCAAGUUUUUGUGAAGUGGGAGAUGUGAGGUUGAAUCAACUCUCAGGAGUGCUGAAGGCAGUUCUCACACAUACUAGAUGAAUGCUUUGAUCACACGCUUAGAUGUAAAAAAUGGACACUACCAUUUUAAAGCAAAAAUGCCCUGCUCGUUUUUUUGCAUCAGAUAGUAUGUGCCAAAGGGACAGGAGAUGCUUCCUUGCAGCCCCAAAGAAGUAUCUAAGGAUGGGAAUCAACGCUACUAUUCUUAGGAUCAUCCUUACGGGUUAGCUUAAGCAGCCGGGUUCUCACUGUGCUGGCACGGGGCAGCUCCCUGCUUCGCCGCUUGCUGAAGGGCGGCAAUGGCGGAGGGGCUCGGCCAUCCUCUCUGAGCAGGGAGCAGAGGUGCUGCCUUGUUUGGGGCCCGAUUCCCCUCCGGGGAGCUGGAAGUGUUAUGGGAGCUGACUUUUAGGCAUCUUACCUCUUUCGUUGGAACUGACCCUCUGAUAUUAAAAGUCUGUGUGUGUACGCAUAUAUAAAUACAAUGUAUUUUGACCAGGGCAUACACAAACAUUCAGUGCUUAACUAUGGGAGCUGUAGCACUGGAAUGUGGGAGGCAGCUGAGAAAGAAGUAAUUAUUUUCAUUUGUGUGUUUCACUGUUGACAAGCACAGCACCAUUACAGUUCCUGACAGCCAGUGAGUUUCUAGUCAUGUAAACUUUGGCAUAUUUUCAGUAUGCCUUUUAGUCUUUUAUAUAUAUAUGUGUGUCAACCUUUCUAACGUUUCAGAACUGCGUAUGCUAAGAUUAGAGUGAUUUUUAUACUAAAAUGUGUGCUAAUAUUGAUAACACUGACAUGCUUAAGUAUCUUUAUAGACAUCAUUUUGUAUGUUGUUUUUGAUAUUAAAGGAUAUAUGUUUUGCUAGCCUUAACUCCAUUCUUUAAAGUUCUGCUUUGUUAGAAGGGUAAGAAAUUAAUGUCUAAUGUCUUUCAUGGUGCUAAAGUAACUGUGAUCAGUCUCAAAUCAUUCAGAAUAAAGAUGGUAGUUCUUAAGUG